AUGGAGCUUCCAUUCACCAACUUGGAGAUGGCGUUCAUUUUACUGGCUUUCUUUAUCUUUUCCUUGUUUACUCUGGCGUCCAUCUACUCCAGCCCUAACGAAAGAAAUGAAGUGUCUGCUGGGAGAGAGAAAAAAGGUAGGAAAAACAAGAUGAAAUAAAAUUGCUGGGCUGAUAAGAUGGCUUAUCAGUUAGAGGCACUUGCUACCAAGCCUGAUGACUUGAGUUCAAAUCCCAGGGUCCUCAUGCUGAAAAGACAGAAUCAGCUCCUGCAAGUUGCUCUGUGA